UGUGUGAUCAGAGGUCUCGGCUGUUAUAUUGCGCUAUCGCUAUAUGCAAUUGCAUAUUCCCUCUCCGAUAGAAUUAAUAGAAAAAAAGUAGCAAAGACGCUUAAUUCUUAACACCAGAAUUAGCUUCGGUGUGCUCGUUCCUGGUCGAAAUAAAUUGUUUGUUUUUUUCCCAAAGAAAAACGUCAUAGGUGAAAGAAAUCAUGCCUUUCGGUAACACCCACAACAAGCUGAAGAUGAACUACUCCGCGGAGCAGGAGUACUCCGACCUGAGCCAGCAUAACAACCUGCGGGACAAGGAAACUCCAAGUGGAUUUACAGUGAAUGAUGUCAUUCAAACUGGGGUUGAUAACCCAGAGGAAGUGGGUGUGCUUGGACCCGACCUGGUGGCAGAAAUGGUUAAUCUAUCGCCUGCAAUGCAGGGCAGUCCCAAAACAGUACAUGGGAAGUUUAGGCAUAAACUGAAAAUGCCAAAAAUACCAGGCUUUGUGCGACGGAGCCCCAAACCCAUAGUGGAGAGCAAUCCUCCUCAAACAGAGGUGAUUAUGGACUUUUUGGAGAACCUGAAGGAAAAUCUCUUGGUGGAGGCUUGCCAGCAGUUGCUCUUGCGAGAGGACAAGCUAUUUGGCCAAGAAACCAUGACGGUAGAGGGGUUGGUUCAGGUUUGCAACGAGGACGAUAAAGACACGCUCCAAAAAGACUAUGAAACCCUGCUGCUCCACUUAUGGAUGGCAGUUCACACCACCUUUAAUUCCACACCCUCAGGAGAACACCUAGAGAUACUUCGGAGUGCGGUGGAAACCAUAACGCUGCUGGAAGAGAAGGACCAGCAAUGGGAAGGGCGGCCCGAGGGCAGCAGCGAGGCCCCCGUGUGGCGGCCACACCAGUGCCGGCACACCCACGACACCCUGCUUGAAAAAAUGGUGGAUUCUCAAAUGAGGAAUGCGACAUUGGAAGAGGACAAUAUUAGCGUUAACAGUGUGGACAACCUGUCAACGUCCAUGAAAAGGGAGGUAUGUAGGAUGGGCAAGCGUCUGAAGGAGGACGUUCUCAGAGUGGCCAGGGACAUAAGGGACUGCUACCCCCCAGACUUUGACGUGUGCAACUUGUAUGUGAGACUUUACCAUCAGAAGUUCUCAGCAAGGUUAACAGAACUGGCCCGCUCUGGGCUCGAUGUGGAUGACUGUAACUACCUCCUCUGCUGGGUGAACAAUUACUAUCCAAAUGACAUCUUAAAACACAAAGACCUUGAGGGGCACAUCAACAUGGAGUCUUUGGGAACUCUUUUAUCUGAGAAGGAUCUCACAACAUUGGAGGAGCAGUAUCUACUACAAAAAGAGAGUAGAGUCAGGACCUGGUUCUCCAAGGCUCUCAGUAAGGAGGAGGAGGGUUGGCUCAGUGGAAAGAGUCCAGAACUCAUUGACGGGUACUGCUUCUGUCCUCUGGCCAUUGACAUCAUACAGGCUGUUGAUGGGGCCAUGAGAGAGGCCAGGACUAUUCUGGGCAGUGAGGCUAAAGCCCAGAGAAUCCUUUGUCAGCUGGACAGCUUCUUGAUGAGCUAUAAGAGCUCUCUUGAAGAAUUUGUGAAGAGAACAGGGGAGAACACUCAGGCAGUCGUGAAAGCUAACCUGGUUAGCAUCGAACAGUUCAGAGACUUCAUAGUGAGAAGAGAGGAGUCAAUCCCAGAAGAGACCAGGACAAGUUGUAUGUCCACAUUGGCAGACCUGAGAGACUGUGGCUACGGAUACUUCACCGGCCCCAUACAUGAGGAGCUCAGGGUGCAGUACCAUAGGCUGUGGACACAGGCCUGGUUUACUGGGGGUCAGAUGGUACUGGAUGAAGUUCUGGGGACACUGGACAGACACAUGCAGCAAUUCACAGACCUCAAAUCCAUCUGUGUGGAGGAGCUGCUGGGCCGGCUGCACAUGGAGAUGAUGGUGGAGUAUGUGAAGAGGAUGAUGAAGAGGAAGAUGAGGCUGAAGGACAAGGAGCAGCAGGAGGCAGCAGCCAAGUUACUGGCUGAAGACAGCAGCAAACUGAGUACCUACUUUACUGAAGCGGGGUCCAAAAUAAGCUGGCUGAGUGAGGUCCUCCCUAAAAUGGCGGAGGUGGUCAGACUGCAGGACCCAGGAAGCAUCCAGCUGGAGAUUGUCACCCUGGCUAGGGACUUCCCAGACCUUAGUUGGAGACAUAUUUCGGCUCUGCUUUCCCUCAAAGCCGACCUAUCCACUGCUGAUAUCCGCGGCAUCAAAGAGAGCCUGGUAGAGAACCGGCCCACGGUCACCACCUGCAAUACCAUCCCACCAUUCUUCUCCAAGGUCCCAGCGGGCAAAACUUGGAACAUGUGCAGACCAGCGUGCAUCUGUUAUGGGGGAAGGGGGUAUUCAAGCCAGGAUUAGACAUUGGGCUAUCUACCCAUUUUGUCGCUCCUCUCGAAUGGCUACAAUGAUACUGUAUAUGCACAUUCACUUUGCAAGUCUACUCUUGUGUAGGUGAGUGUACAAGUAGAAGGGGAUAGAUGUCUAUGUGUGGGUGGGGACAUGUGCAUCCCACAAUUGUGAUUAACUAAUAUCUGCUUGCCUGAAUGUUGAUUCUCUAUUAGCGGUUCCUUUGUCAAAGGUCUCUAUCUUUUUGGAGGAAGUUCUAUAAAUCUAAUGUGAAAGGAAUUAAGGCAUUAGAUAAAAUAUAUAUACAGUGCCUUCGGAAAGUAUUCAGACCCCUUGACUUUUUCUACAUUUUGUUAAGUUACAUGACAUUUUUUCCUCAUCACACACAAUACCCCAUAAUGACAAAACAAAAACAGGUUCAGAGGAUUUUUGCAAAUGUAUUAAAAAUAAAAAACAAAAAUAGCUUAUUUACAUAAGUAUUCAGACCCUUUGCUAUGAGACUCAAAAUUGAGCUCAGGUGCAUCCUUUUUCCAUUGAUCAUCCUUGAGAUGUUUCUACAACUUGAUUGGAGUCCACCUGUGGUCAAUUCAAUUGAUUGGACAUGAUUUGGAAAGGCACACACCUGUCGACAUAAAAGGUUGCCUGUCAGAGCAGCAACCAAGCCAUGAGGUCCAAGCAAUUGUUGGUAGAGCUCCGAGACAGGAUUGUGUCGAGGCACAGAUCUGGGGAAGGGUACCAAAAACAUUCUGCAGCAUUGAAGGUCCCCAACAACACAGUGGCCAUGAUUCUUAAAUGGAAGAAGUUUGGAACCACCAAGACUCUUCCUAGAGCUGGCCGCCCGGCCAAACUGAGCAAUCAGGGGAGAAGGGCCUUGGUCUGGGAGGUGACCAAGAACCCGAUGGUCACUCUGUCAGAGCUGUAGAGUUCCUCUGUGGUGAUGGGAGAACCUUCCAGAAGGACAACCAUCUCUGCAGCACUCUACCAAUCAGGCCUUUAUGGUAGAGUGGCCAGACAGAAUUUCAACCCUCAGUAAAAGACACAUGACAGCCCGCUUGGAGUUUGCCAAAAGGCACCUAAAGACUCUCAGACCAUGAAAAACAAGAUUGAACUCAAGAACCAAAAAAGGACCCGAGGCUGUAAUCACUGCCAAAGGUGCUUCAACAAAGUACUUAGUUCAGGGUCUUAAUACUUAUGUAAAUGUGAUAUUUCCAUUUAGUUUUUUUAUACAUUUGCUAAAAUGUAUUAAAACCUGUUUUUCCUUUGUCAUUAUGUGUUAUUGUGGGUAGAUUGAUGAGAGGGGAAAAAAAACAAUUGAAUCCAUUUUAGAAUAAGGCUGGAAGGUAACAACAUGUGGAAAGACUUUCCGAAUUUAGUUGUAACUGUUGUUGAAAGGGUUAGAACUGUGUUCUGCUGCAAGUGACACUUUCUGCUCUUCAAGGGACAGGUCCCAACUUCGUUUGUGCCCUAGGAUCCAUGUGUACAGGGGUGGUCUUCUAGUGACAGGGAAAAUUUCCCUACCUGGGUUGGGGACGUUUUUGUCCCGGGAGGGAAAAUGGAAGACAACUGGAGAUCUACUGAGAGGGAGAUGGAGUAGUAUGUGUAGCAGGGUAUCUAUCGUGGUACAUCUACGUGGAUAAUGGACAGGCAUUGAUUAUGGUGGAACUGGUAAGUAUGGAUAAGUAUCUCAAAAUGGUGGUAAGGACAGUGGUAUCUCAAAAUAUAACCGACAGUUGAAGUUUAUGUACACCUUAACCAAAUACAUUUAAACUCAGUUUUUCACAAUUCCUGACAUUUAAUCCUAGUAAAAAAAAUCCCUGUCUGUUAGGAUCACCACUUUAUUUUCAGAAUGUGAAAUGUCAGAAUAAUAGUAGAGAGAAUGAUUUAUUUCAGCUUCUAUUUCUUUCAUCACAUUCCCAGUGGGUCAGAAGUUUACAUAUUAGUAUUUGGUAGCAUUGCCUUUAAAUUGUUUAACUUCAGUCAAAGGUUUCAGGUAGCCUUCCACAAGCUUCCCACAAUAAGUUGUGUGAAUUUUGGCCCAUUCCUCCUGACAGAGCUGGUGUAACUGUCAGGUUUUGUAGGCCUCCUUGCUCGCACACACUUUUUCAGUUCUUCCCACAUAUUUUCUAUAGGAUUGAGGUCAGGGCUUUGUGAUGGCCACUCCAAUACUUUGACUUUGUUGUCCUUAAGCCAUUAUGCCACAACUUUGGAAGUAUGCUUGGGGUCGUUGUCCAUUUGGAAGACCCAUUUGUGACCAAGCUUUAACUUCCUGACUGAUGUCUUGAGAUGUUGCUUCAAUAUAUCCACAUAAUUUUCCUACCUCAUGAUGCUAUCUAUUUUGUGAAGUGCAACAGUCCCUCCUGCAGCAAAGCACCGCCACAACAUGAUGCUGCCACCCCCGUGCUUCACGGUUUGGAUGGUGUUCUACGGCUUGCAAGCCUCCCCCUUUUUCCUCCAAACAUAACGAUGGUCAUUAUGGCCAAACGGUUAUAUUUUUGUUUCAUCAGACCAGAAGACAUUUCUCCAAAAAGGAUGAACUUUGUCCCCAUGUGCAGUUGCAAACCGUAGUCUGGCUUUUAUGGCGGUUUUGGAGCAGUGGCUUUUUCCUUGCUGGGCAGCCUUUCGGGUUAUGUCGAUAUAGGACACGUUUUACAGUGGAUAUAGAUACUUUUGUACCGGUUUCCUCCAGCAUCCUCACAAGGUCCUUUGCUGUUGUUCUGGGAUUCAUUUGCACGUUUCGCACCAAAGUACAUUAACCUCUAGGAGACAGAACGCGACUCCUUCAUGAGCAGUAUGAUGGCUGCAUGGUCCCAUGGUGUUUUUACUUGAGUACUAUUGUUUCUACAGAUGAACGUGGUAUCUUCAGGCGUUUGGAAAUUGCUCCCAAGGAUGAACCAUACUUGUGGAGGUCUACAAUUCUUUUUCUGAGGUCUUUGUAGAUUUCUUUUGAUUUUCCCAUGAUGUCAGGCAAAGAGGCACUGAGUUUGAAGGUAGGCCUUGAAAUACAUCUACAGGUACACCUCAAAUGAUGUCAAUUAGCCUAUCAGAAGCUUCUAAAGCCAUCACAUAUUUUUCUGGAAUUUUCCCAAGCUGUUUAAAGGCACAGUCAACUUAGUGUAUGUAAACUUCUGACUCACUGGGAUUGUGAUACAGUGAAAUAAUCUCUGUAAGCAAUUGUUGGAAAAAUUACUUGUGUCAUCCACAAAGUAGAUGUCCUAACCGACUUAUGAUCCUACUGAAAAACAAUCUAGAUAUUUAGGUGCAAUCUGUUAAUAGAUCCUCAAGGAAGCUGGAUUGCCUUGAAUAUACUACUUGAUGAUGAAUCGAUGUGGCGCAUCUAGGCCCUCAUUGUAAACAAGAACCUGUUCUUAACAGACUUUUCUAGUUAAAUAAAGAUUAAAUUAAAAUUAAUAAAAUAAAGUAUAUAAGGACGGUAUCAUGUUUAUGAAUGACAUUGUAAACAAGGACACUAAAAUGUUGUUCACCCAAGCAAUUGACAAAGGUGUAUGGAGAUGUACGCUCAAUACAAAAAUAUAACCAACUCAAUCACAACUCUGCCUCAAAAAUGGAAGAGGCAAUUACUCAAAAGAGAAAGGAAUGAAUUAGUUUGUCUGCAGCCAAUCCAAAACCAUGCAUAGCUUAAAAUAACUUGUAUAAAAGGUUGAGAGCUUUGAGAACUAUACCGCAUAAAAUUCAAGAUAAUUUCGAACUGAUUUUUGUUGUCCCAAUAUCAUGGCAUCGGGAUUAUGAACUGAUAUGCAAAUCAACAAGACACAUCAUUCUGUUAUUUACAGUUUGAACUAUUAUAUAAAAUUCUUGCCAAUAAAAAAAGAAUCCUAAAUAUAUGGGGUGUUGAACAGUCAGCCCUGCAUGUGCGGACUGCAACAAAGAAACAUAAUCAAUAGAUCAUCUCCUUUGGUACUCUCCUUCAGUGGCUUGGUUUUGGAAUCAUGUCCAGGAGUGGUUGGUGACUCAAUGUCAGUGUUCAGAUGAAUUAAACUGUACUCUUCGCUGCUGAAUUAAACUUGACUGUUCUGUACUGUACGCUACUGUAUUAACCUCUACUAUACUGUAGCAUGCCAUACUGUAGUCUACUGUAUUCUACUGAAUAAAACUCUGCUGUCCUGUAUGUACCAUAUGUUACUUUACUGUGCCAUACUGUACCGUGUAGGGGUGUAACGGUACACAUAUUCGUACAGAACGGUUCAGAGACCUCAGUUUGGUCCGCACUGUGAACGAAUGAAUUGAUAAAAAAUAAAAAUAUAU